UUAGAGAUUCCAGCAAAGUAUAAGUCUAUUAAGAUUUGUUGCUUUGCACUUACACUGCACCAACCUAGCUUUCGUUGUGUAUUCAAAAUGUUUCUGAAACUGUCCAUCGUCGUGUUGCUGUUGAGUAUCGCUUACGGUGCUAUGGGCGCCAGCGUUGCUGUCAACGUUACCGAUGCUGAGAUGUCUGAUAAAACCACAACUCUCCUCAAUUCAACUAUGGCAGUAAAUGCAAGUGAAAACAAUCUUAAGGCCCGUCAGGUCGACUUGUUGCAGUUGAAUGUCUCCGAUGCUUCUCUGAAUUCGACUGUAAAUACGACGCAUUUGAAUUCAUCAUCGUUGAUGGACACACGUGAAUCUGGCGACGAUGGGAUAGUUCUUGGUUCAGGCAAUUCUUCUGAUCCUAGUAAUUCAUCUGAGUCGCCGUUGUUCCUUGAGCUCAACUCCACGACUGCCAAUACUGCGGAGGCGGAUAAUCUUACCACCCGGGCCGUUGCAGUUGAUGAAACACACAGCAACUCUAACUCUACCAACAAUGGAACAGUCAAUCCUUGGUCCGCACUACCGUUGUUCCGCAACUUAAACUCGUCUUUGCAUAACUCUUCCCUCCGCAAUUCUUCCGAUGCAUCCAAUUCGUCUCAGUCUACUCGUGAGGUUGGAUCUCCUAAACAGUCCAUUGACUCUGGUGCUGAAGAGGGUUUGCUCGAUGACGAGAAUUCCAGCAAUGGCACCGAGAAAGCUGAUCACCUACUGAACGACUCCAGUGACAGUGGAGAUGAUGAUGAAGACGAUGGAAAAGGAUCAACCAAGAAGCCUUGCACAACCGUUUCCUGUUUUAUUAGCCGCGGUUGUAGCGAUACAUCUUGCUCUCAGGAAGACAACUGAUCGGUCGACGGAGAUCUGAUGGGAGCCAAAGUGUUCUACUUUAUGUCUACGUAUGUAAAAAAAAAUUAAAUGCAGUAUUAUUUUAAUCUAAUGUGCAGUACACAGUAUUUUAAAGCAA